UACAGAUGACGCACGAAGAGAACAAAGAUGGCGAUCCCGAGCACACGAAAAUUAAAACGAGCUGAAUGAUAAAUAAAGAAUUUUUUACUUAUAGUUGAAUUCGCAUAAACGCAGUGUAAAAAUUAAUUAAUAAAAGUGUCAUGCAUACUUACAAUGUGUAAAAAAAGAGUUUAUUACAAAACGGUAUAUUUUCGCUGUGCAUUUCAAUAAAAACCCAAACACAUAAUCCUACUAGUUGAAGUUGACUGGACGACAAAAAAAAAGAUUGGGUAAAUUUACCAAACGCUAUAGAAUACAUAAGGAUUCUCGGUAUUAACACAAAAAAGAUAUGUAUUUGUAAUACAUAGGCUGUGGCUCGACGUCAACACUCGCUGCAACAAAAGGAAUUGCAUACAUAGAAUUAACAGUGGAUAUUAGGAUCUAUUGCUGAGAUGGCGACCAGUGACGACGAGCCGAUGCACUUGUAUGAGGUGUUCCAGAACUGCUUCAACAAGAUUGCAAACAAACAGCCGACGGGGACGGUUGGAGCGGAUCGCGGCGGUGGCGGUGGCUACCAUUCGCCGUACGGCAGCCUGGGCGUAGAGAAUGGCAUGUACCCCAGUGACUUCAACUCGAUGCACGACGCGGCCAACGGUGGCGGGAACAACCGAUAUGCCAACGCCUCGACCGUCGAUCAGUAUUUUGAUUCAGCCGCCGCCGGCAGUGGAGGGGCCUGGUGUCAGUCGCAAAUGGGCAGCGCCAAUAGCUACAUGGGUCAGGCGGCGUAUCAGAAUAGCGGACCGCUCUCGGGACACUCGAUGGAUGGGCAGCAGCAGCAGGUGCAUCCGGCGGACGCCCUGGGAAUGGGCGGCCCAGGAGGAGGCGGCGGUGCCGAUGGAAUGCACUGCCCAGUGUCCACGGCCUUGCCGCCGAUGAGCUCGUUCCGCGCCACCCCGGGCGGCAUCGGCGGCGGUGCAGGCGGAGGACCUGGUGCCGGGCAGCAGGCACCAGUGAACGUCAACGUGAAUCCCCCAGCCGUGUUCAACUCGCCGCAGGCCCACAACCACAACCACACAGUACAAGCACAGCACAGUGCACUGUCCACGGCUGGACCGCUUGGCCAUCACUCGCUCAACCACACGCCGCACGCACAUUCCCACACACUCCCGCUCCCGCACGCCCUGCCCCACGGCCACGCCCUUCCGCAUCCCCACCACAGUCAGCAGAACAGUCCUGCCGUGCAGAGUUCGGAUGCGUUCAGUGGUGCCGGCGGUGUUGGUGCCGUGGUGAAGGUGGCCGGCGGAGCUGGUAAUUCCUCGGCGGCGGCAGCAGCGGCAUUGCGACAACAGAUGUACAUGCCGGCGGAUCAAAGUAUUAGUAGUUUCGGCUCGAACCCCUCCACGCCCGUCAAUUCGCCGCCACCGCUGACUCAGUCUGUUGUUGGCGGCGGCGGUGAGCCGUCCGUUUCUGGAGCCUCUGCCUGGGGUCAUGCGGUGCUAAAUGGUGGACCCAGCUCGAGCUACGCCAGCGAAAUGGUUCCUGUGUCCAGUCUGCACACCAUGGCCUCGGUCUUCCAGGGCGUGCGCAUGGAGGAGCGACUGGACGACGCCCUGAACGUGCUGCGGAACCACUGCGAGCCCGAGAUGCUGGCCGGUGUCAAUCAGUCGCUGGCCUCGAUCGACAACAUCGAUGCGCUUACCUCGUUUGUGCCCAACUCGCCGUCGCAUCUGGGAAGCGGCGGUAAUGCCGGUUCGGUCAGCAACUCGUCCAACGCGGCCCUGGUGCACGAGGUUCUGGCCUUGGGCGCGGCCGCUGCCGGUACUUCCGGUCAGUCGGUGGGUGGAGCUGGCAGCCUGGCCAGCUUGAAGCACGAUCGCAGCGCGGCCACGUCUCUGACCAAGCAGACGAAAAAGCGGAAAGAGCAUACGGCCAUCAGCAAUUCAGUGCCGGCGGGCGUCUCCACCACCUCGAGUCUGACCAGCCUGGACAUUUCCGACACGAAGCCGACCAGCUCGAUCGAGUCGUCGAAUUCGGGCAUGCAGCAGCAUUCGCAGGGAGCCAAGGGCGCGAAAAGGCCGCGGCGCUACUGCUCGUCGGCGGACGAAGACGACGACGCAGAGCCGGCGGUGAAGGCCAUUCGUGAGAAGGAGCGGCGACAGGCCAACAACGCCCGCGAACGGAUUCGCAUUCGGGAUAUCAACGAGGCGCUCAAGGAGCUGGGACGCAUGUGCAUGACGCACCUGAAAUCGGACAAGCCACAGACCAAGCUGGGCAUCCUGAACAUGGCCGUCGAGGUGAUCAUGACUUUGGAGCAGCAGGUGCGCGAGCGCAAUUUAAACCCAAAGGCGGCGUGCCUGAAGCGGCGAGAGGAGGAGAAGGCCGAGGACGGGCCAAAGCUAAGUGCCCAGCAUCACAUGAUACCGCAGCCGCAACAGGUGGGCGGCGGCACGCCCGGGAGCAGCUACCACGGCCAGCCAGCGCAACUGGGGCCGCCGUCGUCGCAGACCAUCAGCAGCAUGACCAUAUCCCUACCCGUCAACCAGGCCAACAGCGGCCUGCCACCCCACUUGCAGCAGCAACAGCAGCAGCAACAAUCACAGCUCGGACACGCCCAGCUCCCGCAAUAGCAUGCACCGCCCAGGAACCCCUUCUGGAAAUCGUCGUCGUCGUCGUCGUCCCACUCUUCCAUAAAAACCGAAUGUAUUGAAGGCUCCGCGGCCAAGUACUCAGAUAACUUGGAACUGGAGAAUCAGGUUUUAAGCAAUAUGUUCUGGCGUUGUCGUCCUCCCAAAUUGCAACCACAACCCUUACAAAAUGUACAACACUUUUAAUACACAACAGACACACACACUACAAAAAGUAAAUGAGAAAAUGAAAAAAAACGAAAACAAAUGCCCAAAUGAUUGCCAAUCCACACACUCACACACACAGAAUUGCUCUUUUUAAAACGAUUGUAUAUAGCUGUUCCAUUAUGUUUAACCUGGGAAGAUCUUUUUCGUUUUUUUAGAAUGUUUGAUUUAAUAAUUAUUUGUUUUAUUUUGUGCGAUAUCACCGUAGCCAUAUUUUUUAUAUACAAAUACAUGCAUACAUAACGACAUAAUUAAGUGAAAAUAGUUUUAUAAUAAAAAAAAAACAACACAUAGACUUACUUCUAUAUAUUCCCGAGAGCUAAGGAAUAAAUAUGUCCAUAUUAAUAUUUUAUAUUGCGUUACAAUGUUCUUCUUAUGUGAUUACAGAGAAAUUUUUGCACAUAACGGUAACCACGGAAUUAAUCGUUAUCUAAGAUUAGCUGGUAAUUGUUGUAGUAUCUUAAGGCUUCAAAGAGACACGUUCACGUGUUGUAUAAUUUAAUUAUAUAUAUAUUUUUCGCUAGGAUAGGGCAACCGGAACUAACAAACUGAUGCCAUUAUAAUCUUAACAGAAAUUGAAAAGUGAAGCCAAUGCAAUUCCCCCGAAUGUAUGACAUGGAAAAGUGUAUUUUAUUUACCAGCGACAACGCUAAAACUUAACAACAGACUCUUUAAGGCACUGAAUUCAUAUAUGGCGAUACGAAAACUUUCUCGGUGGUUUUCAUUCAGUCUAUCUUUGCCCGAUCAUUUCUUAGCUUUCGUAUAUUUUACACCGCUUACAUACUUCAUGAAAACUAUUACCUGUACAAUUUUUAGACUUUUUGACUUCAUUGAUUUCGUUAUGAAUAAAUGGUAUAAUAUAAUGUUUAUACCUAAUAAUA